AUGAUGUCCUACCUGAAACAAUCACCGUACACAGUAAACGGGCUCAGUCUGUCUACUACAGGGAUGGAGCUGCUGCAUCCAUCUGUUGGCUUUCAAGCAACCCCCCGCAAACACAGAAGAGAGCGCACCACGUUCACCCGCGCACAGCUGGAUGUGUUAGAAACACUGUUCACUAAAACGCGCUAUCCGGACAUAUUCAUGCGCGAAGAGGUGGCACUGAAAAUUAACCUCCCAGAAUCCAGGGUACAGGUCUGGUUCAAAAAUCGAAGAGCAAAGUGUCGCCAGCAGCAGCAAACACCGACCAGCACACAGACUAAAACUCGACCAGUAAAUAAGAAGUCUUCCCCAGUCAGAGAAACAAGCCCAGAGAGCAGCACCAGUGCCUCGUUUACCACCACCACAACCACCUCCUCCUCCUCUUCUGUACCGGCUUUGUCCACCAGCACUCCGGUAUCCAUAUGGAGCCCUGCAUCCAUUUCUCCCACCUCAGAGCCGAUUUCUUCCUCUUCUUCCUCAUCAUCACCUCCCCCUGCUUUAUCGUGUAUGCAGCGUUCUUACCCGCUCACCUACACCCAGGCGUCCGGUUACAACCAGACCUAUGCGGCCACUUCGUCUUAUUUCAGCGGAAUGGACUGCAGCCCGUACUUCGGGUCUGUGCACCACCAGCUGAGUGUCAACACAUCCACCCUGAGCCCCACCAACACCAGCGCUGUCAGUAAUCACAUGAGUCCGCCAUGCUCACUCACUGCUCAGGGCUAUACUGCAUCCGGUCUCGGGAUCAACGCGUGCGACAGUUUAGAUUAUAAAGAGCAAAGUGCAUCCUGGAAGUUUAGCUUCAAUACUGACUGUGUGGAUUACAAAGAUCAACAAUCUUCUUGGAAAUUCCAAGUUUUGUAG